CUCCAUCAAUGCACUUUCCGCCAUUGCGUCCUUCUCAAGACUCCUCCACCGCACCCCGCCACCGCCAUCACCUCCCAUAACCGACCUAAUCCAUUGUUAACCGAAAUCUUCCGCUUAAAUUAUACUGCUGCCUUCCCACUUUGGCGGCUCACCGAUCUCUCUGCUCUGGAGAUGAUGGAAGCGGUGCCAGCUAAACCGCCGAAUGCGGCGAUGACGUUCGACGAAGUGUCGUUGGAGCGGAGCAAGAGUUUCGUCAAAGCCUUACAGGAAUUGAAGAACUUGAGGCCUCAACUGUAUUCUGCUGCUGAUUAUUGUGAAAAGUCUUAUCUUCACAGCGAUCAGAAACAGAUGGUUCUAGAGAACCUGAAAGAUUAUGCUGUAAGAGCACUUGUAAAUGCGGUAGAUCACCUAGGAACGGUUUCUUACAAAUUGACUGACCUCGUUGGCCAGCAUAAUUUAGAUGUUUCGGCCACGGAGUUAAAGAUUUUUUGCUUAAAUCAGCGACUUCUAACUUGUCAAACAUACACGGAGAAAGAAGCUCUCAGACAGCAGCAGCUAUUGGCUAUCAUCCCCAGACAUCACAAACACUACACUUUACCAAAUUUUGUCAACAAGAAGGUUCACUUUGGUCCCCAUAAUCACAGGCAACAUAUACAAUCCAGAGCCCACCUUUACGCUUCAGGCAAUCCGGCUGCUAAAACUCUUUCAUGGCAUCUGGCAUCAGAGACCACAUCAACUUUGAAGGACUCUUCAUUUGGUUUUGCAGGUGCUGAUGAUAUAAAAAGUCCAGGAAAAACAUCUGCAGCGUUCAAUUUGUUAGAUGCUGCUUCGAGCAAGGCUAGGACAAAAGCGUCCUCAGCUCAACCUAACCCCCCAAGCAUGAGUCCUGCAUCUUCUAUAGCAACACAGACAUUGGGCAUUGUGCAACGGGAUAAUACACGGGAUGGUUCUAAACCAACGCCUACAUAUAGAUCAUCUGACAAUCAGCGGGGGGAACUGGUACGUGCACCUGCUCGCAGCAAGAGUGUUCUUUCAACUCUCUUUGCUAAACAGAAGUUACUGAAACUCCAAAAGUGAAGGGGGGUGAAUGCCCCACAGCGAUAUCCAUAUAGUCUUGUUGAUCAGGAUCCAUGAAGCUCGUUUCCUCUAUCAUACCACACUACACCACUAGGUCUAUAUAUUGCAGCAGUUCUCAUCAAAUGCAGUUUUUUUUAAAUACAAAGUGUUACUAAAAUAGAGAAUAAUUUGUAGCAUUGUGAUGUGUACAGUACAAUGACUGGGUUUAGUCAUUUCCAAUAAAGCAUCAAGGGUAUAUGUUCAAUGUGAUUCCAGGAUAGCACUCUGCGUUAUCAUGAUUCAUCACUCACAUGACUAGGCUGUUUAAGACAAUUAAUCUUUUAAACAUAGUUUUUACGAGCUAGAGCCCACAAGGUAUAUUUUAAAUAUCUUGGGAUAAUCCAUGCUCUCUCUCUCUCUCUAUUCCGUGUCGAGAAAAUGCGAACCAAUGAGAUCACACAUAGGGUAAAAGGCAAAGGUUAUUGGCAGGGGGGCGUAUGCCUUGCAUUUGCAGAUGAGGUCUUAUGCUGGCUCUAUGGGACGGUAAAGGAAA